AUGUCCAAGCAAACCAUCUUAAUCACUGGCUGCAGCGAUGGCGGUAUCGGCUCUGCACUGGCCAUUGUCUUCCAAAAGCGAGGAUUUCAUGUCUUCGCUUCUGCACGCGAUCCCACCAAAAUGAGCACGCUCAAAGAUCUCCCUAACAUAACACUUCUCACGCUUGAUGUGCAUGUUGUUGACACCAUCUCGGAGAAAACCAAUGGCACUCUGGACUUUUUGAUCAGCAAUGCUGGGCGUAACCACUUUAUGCCAAUUCUAGAUGAAGAUCUUGAUACUGUCAGAAAUCUCUUUGAGAUUAAUUUCUUUGCCCCAAUCGCCCUUGCUCAAGCCUUCGCUCCUUUACUCAUCAAGGCCAAGGGGAUGGCUGUCUUCAUUGCCUCCACAGCAGGGUAUCUGAAUAUUCCCUACAUGGGUACAUAUUCAGCAUCUAAAAGAGGGAUGGAAGUUGUAGCAGACACCCUGCGAUUCGAACUGGCCCCCUUUGGUGUUGAUGUGCUGGAAGUGGUGACAGGCGGGGUCAAAUCAAGGGGACAGACGUAUUUCGGCGAUUUCAAGCUGAGUUCCUUGUAUAAGAAGAUUGAAUCUACCGUUGCCAAUCGCGCCCAGGGAGGGGACGGGAUGCCGAGGAUGGAUACCGAGGAAUAUGCCGCAGCAGUCAGCGACGCGAUCCUCAAACGUACCACAGGCCGAUUUUGGUGUGGUCAGCACGCCGAUCAAGUUCGAAUGGGCACAACAGCAGUGGAAGUACCGCAAGAAGCCAUGGAUGCUGGGGCUGUGAUUGGGACUGGCCUUGAGGAAUUACCUUAG